GCGGAAGAUUCUGUUGUGAAAACUGAAGGAUGCUACGGAAAGCCCGAGAUAAACUCAUUAUGACUACUGGGUAAACUGUAUACGCUUUUUAAUGACAUUCGUAUAGUUUGGUUCAUGUUUGCGUCGAGGACCGUGGAAGCCAACGCCCCAAUCCAACUCUGGAGCACUGAAAUAUGGAUUACAAAACUUUAGAAUAACAAUUAGACAUCAAAGAGCAAUAACAAUAUCUUGUAAUGAUUACAUAGCGUCUUCCAAAAUGUGCCAACCCUGCCAUUCCUAUAAGCUCGUCUGUGUACUCUGUGAAAUGAGCUGACUCUGGGACCAGUGUUUUCAGCAACAAAACACAAUGGCCAGAAUAUCCUGGUAUCAAGAGAAGAUUGGCGCCUACGAUCAACAAGUCUGGGAGAAGUCUCUGGAGCAGACAGAUUUAAAUGAUUUGGACAGUAAACCCAGAAAGACCGGCCACAUCAAGUCAGACCUCAUCGAUGUUGACUUAGUCCGAGGGUCUACGUUCAGCAAGGCCAAACCGCAGAGUCCCUGGACAGCAUUGACUCGGAAGGGUUUGGUCCGCGUGCUGCUGUUCCCCUUCUUCUUUCCGUGGUGGAUCCAGGUCACCUCCAAGCCCAUCUCCUCAUGCAUUCUGCUGCUGUACUUUAUGCAAGUGGCUGCUGUGGUACUCUAUGUGGAGGUCCCCGGGGCAAGUGCCAGUGAGGCGUUCGGGCCCUUGUGCCUUAUGCUGCUCCUGGGCACCGUGCAUUGCCAGAUUGUAUCCACCGAGUGCAACCGCUGGCCCGCGGGCGGUCCUGUCGUCAGUAACGGCAACAGCGGCAGCAAUCCGACCCGCAGGAGGAGGCCUCGGAAGGGCAGGGGUCCGAAGAAAUUGGAUGAGAAGAAUGACAGCGAGGCCAAGGAACAGCAACACUCAUCGCAGUUUGAGGAAGUCCAACGACCCAAGAGAAUGAGCAAAAGAAAGUCUGGCUUUGGCGCGUCAGACGAGCUCUCGAGUGAGGAAGAAGAGGGCUUGCAACCGGUGGACAUGAGUCCUGCCAGCCCCUGGCCACCGUCUGCACCGCCAUCUUCUGUGCGCUCUCGGAAGUCCAACAGCAAAGCGGCAGUCAGGCCUCAGGAAGGAGGCGGGACCUUCAAGGCAAAGCCUCGAGAAGUGGAGCGCCUGCGACUCAGCGUGGGCUCCCGACCGGCCUCCGACACCGAUGACACCAUGUGGGAGGAGCUCCUCCAGGAUCCUGACUCCGCCUCCACGGGGAGCAGCGACAGUGAGGACAACGUGAGGUUCGGGGGCGGCCUUGCGCUACAGCAAACCACCACGCUGAGCAGCGAUGACGAGAGCCUGCAGCAAGGCAUCGCGGGGCCCCAGCUGUCCUGGCUCCAAGCAUGCCAUCCUUCCAGGGACCGAGUCAGCGCCAUCAUAUGGGAGCAGGGCGAAUGCAAAAAAGCAGACAUGUCUGUGCUGGAGAUCAGCGGGAUCAUCCUCACUCGGGUGAAGCUUGCGGAGCAAGGUGUGGGCUACCUGGUGUUCGGCGGGCUAGUGACAGCCACGCUGGCGCUCCUGCCCUUUGCCUUCCGCCUGGCCCAGCGUCUGGACAUGUCCAGCCUCAGCUCGCCAUCGGCAGCCGAGGUCCUGGAGAUUGCCGUUAGCCCGGCGAGCCCUCACGCAUACGCCUUCUUCUUCAUCACCACCGUGCUCCGGUUUUGCCUCACGGGGCUCUUCUUCUUCAUGAUGUGCGUGGCUGAGAGGACCUAUAAGCAGAGACUUUUAUUUGCCAAGCACUUCAGCCACCUGACGUCCGCUCGCAAGGCCAAGAAGUCGGAGGUCCCUCACUUCCGGCUGAAAAAGGUGCAGAACAUCAAGAUGUGGCUGUCCCUGCGCUCCUUCCUACGGAGGCGAGGGCCGCAGCGCUCCGUCGACGUUAUCGUGUCCACAAUCUUCCUCCUCGCACUCUCCAUCUCAUUCAUCAUUUGUGCACAGCUUCUACAAAGCCACAAGACUUUUCUGGACUCGCUGACCAACUGGGAGCUGUUGCUGUGGGCCUCGUCAAUGAUCCUCUUCCUGCUUCGGUUCGCCACGCUGGGUUCCGAGACCGACUGCAAGUACAGCAACCCUUCGGUGCUCCUCACUGAACAGAUCAAUCUGUAUCUGAAAAUAGAGAAAAAACCCAACAAGAAAGAGGAGCUCAACAUUGUCAACAACGUCUUGAAACUGGCUACAAAACUGAUGAAGGAGCUGGACACGCCGUUCCGCCUUCUCGGUCUGACCGUCAACCCACUCAUCUACAACAUCACCCGGGUGGUCAUCUUGUCGGCCGUGUCUGCUGUGGUCAGUGACCUGCUGGGCUUCAACAUCAGACUGUGGAAAAUCAAACCUUGAUGUGAACGCGACAAAAGGACUUCUUGCCCGUCCGUCGCCUUCCAACUAGACGUGCAAAACUACUGACCGUCACAUGACGGCUCAUUCUAUGAAGCGUCCACUUGAAUGUGUUUUAACUUAGUUGGGAAAGUGAAAGAAAUACUGUACAGUCAACUGUGGCAUAGCACAUGCCACGUAAUGCCAGUAAUUUAACAAAGGUGGGCAUCUUAGAUUUUUCUAAAUUGAUUUCAAUUUCCAGCACUUACUGUAUGUAUUCAUAGACUAUGACCACUCUCUGCCUUUUCCAUCAAGAACCACUGUCAUGAAAUUAACUAUGCAAGUAGGGAGAUUCAGUUCUUAUUCAGUGACAGUGCAAAGGUUGUCUGUCUUUUUAUGUGCCUUUUGAUAAAUGGGUGACCAAUCCAGGGCGUAGACUGCCUUUUUCCCCAAUGUGUCAGAUGGGGUAGAUUUCAACUCAGUGACCCUGAACAGGAUAAGUGGUUUAGAAAAAGAAUGGAAAAUGAUGUGUAAACUCACUGAUUUUUUUACAGGAAUUUUCCAACAUUCCUAAAAUAUAUUGAUGAUUUAUUUCUUGAAUGUUAACCUUGCACUGGGUCACACUGUCAUGUGAACAUUAUUUUGUGUAGCAAAGAAAGCAAGAUGGUUAAUGCAUGGUGGGUGGGUGAACCAUGUUAUAUUUUUUCCUAUAGAAACUAGAGAAACUGACUAAAAUGUCAGUAAGAAAGUGAUACAAUCAUGUUUAUGAUUUUAUAUUAUGAGCAUUUGUGCACUUUUUGCAAUAACAGUUCCUCAUAGGGGUUUUUUUUAGAAUGGGGUGGGGGUCUUACAGCUAUUUAGAUCAUGAGUAGUACAAUAAAAUGUUUCCACUCCA